UAAUAUAAUUAUAUGUCUGCUAACUGUAUUCAAGAAAAAAAAUUUGCUUAGAUGAAUGAAGAAUUAACAAUUGAUAAUAUGGACUAAUCAACAACUAAUUAAUCAAAAUAAAGUAAUGCUACACUUUCCAUGGCUUUUCCAAAUACUGAUAACAACUAUAAAUACAAACCAAUAAAAACUCAAAGUAUUUUUAAACAAUAAAAUAGGAAGUCUGUUGUCACUUACUCCAUAGAUCAGUUAAAGAAGAAGUUCGAAAUCUCUGAUUGAACAAACAUAUGUUAUUGAAGAAGAAGUAUUUACAUUAUUUAAAUAUUAGCCAUAAAUUUAAGGAUAGAAUGAAGUAUUUCUUAUUUAUUGGUAUGAUUAAAAUAUUGAUCAUAAAUAUGAGAUAAUAAUCUAAGCACAUAAUAACAUUACUAUAGGUGAUUUAAUUCAACUUUUUAUCUAACAAUUCAAUGAACAAAAUCAAUAUUUAUAAACUCCGUUUUCAUCUGAUGUUCAUAAAACAAAUAUUUAUGAAUUAUUCAUACCAAAAAAGAAAAAAGGUAACCCAAAUGAGGAUUUUCCAGGUAUUAUGAUAUAAGUUAUUUUUAGCCUUCGCUAAUUAAACAAUGCUUAAUUAAACCAAUUUAAAAGAAUUUUCCUUAAAAAUAACAACUAAAUAAAUAACAAAUUAUUCGUCAACACUUUUAAAUCCCUAGAAUUCCUCAGCAUCUAAACCUAAUACCAAAUAGAGAUAAAGUCUAACAAAUUCUAGUUAAAAAAAGAAGAAAAACUUUUUUUAGAAAUUAUUUUUCUGUUGCAAUCAUCAAGCAGAAGAAUUUUGAACUUAAUAACUUAAACUUGUUUAAUGCAUUUACA